UAAUCUGCAGCACUGCGUGCUAAACCCACAAAAACAAUAAGAAAGAAUAUUUUAUUUAUAAAUGGGAAUGAGCAGAUAACGCAAAUAAAACGAACGGAAAAGAAAAUGUGUUCAAUUGCUGGCAUUUCUCUAUCCGUAAAGCUUAUGUAAAACGAGGAAUUUAGAAAAAAAAAUUCUGAAUUUAUUGUCACACAGUGAAUUUAAUUGGCAGAGAAAGAUGAACGGAGUUAUUGAACAGGAGAAUGUGGCGUUGCCUGCCAUGCAAAUGGCUGAACCAUUGCACAUACAACGUUUGGAGGCCGCACUAGAUAUGCGUCCAUUUAUGCAGCAGGCACGUGAAAUACUUUCAAGGCCGCUAACCAGCCCGGAAGAGUCGGAGGCCGAUGACAGCCCCGGUGAAGAGUCUUACGACGAUGAGAGUGCCAUGGGUGGCAGUCGAAAGAAGAAAUCGAAGAAAUUGGGCACCAAACAAGAACGCCAAGCUGUUAAAUCGUCCUUAUACAACUUCAGUGAGCUGACGGCCGAUCGUGAAUGGUUAUAUGAUGUGAUUAUGAGCGAUACAGAUACUGAGACAGAUAUAAGCGAUGAAGAUGACUACGUCAAGGAAAUGUUGAAGACCCAUAUGAAACAACAAAAACUACGGGAAAACUACUACAAAAAGGCAACAAAUACUCAAUAUGCCUACUAUGGCAGUGGACUUCUAUCGAAUCAUGACAUGUUCACGGAACACCAACAAUCGAUUGUGGGUGUAAGGAAGCGCAAACGCCGCACAAAGAAAGAGAAGACCAUAAAAAUUGCCCCCUUGCCUAAGUUACCAAAAAUGCCGAAAAUACGUAAACCACGUAAAUCGAAACAUAAGCCCUUGCAAGAUGCACAACAUGGCUCCAAGGAGGCUAAUGAAAGCAUGAAACCUAUGGCUGGCAGUUCUAGUAAUUUCAAUGAGGAUGAUGAAGAUGUUGAUGUCCAAUCAGAUGUUGAAACUUCAAUGACAUUUGAUUCUCGUGAUAUGUCCGGGAUAUCAGCAUUACCUACUGGCUAUUCGGGUAGGGGAAGAAGACGUAAGAGCCAACAGGGAUUGCCACGAACCCCCGAAGCCUUGGCGGCACGUCGUAGAAGAGUGUGGCAAUUGAUGGCCAAAAAGGAAUUGGGCAGAUGUCAAAGGGCACGCAGUAAUAAUCACAAAGAAAUGGUACAAAAUUGUAAACGUGCCGCCACAAUGUGCAUGAAGGUGGUGCGGCAAAAGGCAAUGAUUUCCCAAAAAGUUAUGAAAGAAACAGUGUGGCGUGCCAAACGUUUGACACGUGAAAUGCUCUCCUAUUGGAAACGUUAUGAGCGUGUUGAACGUGACACACGAAGGCGAAUGGAAAAAGAGGCAGAGGAACAACGUAAAAUGGAUGUGGAAUUGAUUGAAGUGAAGCGCCAACAGAGGAAACUUAAUUUCUUGAUAACGCAAACUGAACUCUAUGCCCAUUUUAUGUCUCGGAAAUUGGGUCAGGGUACUGAGGCGGAACAGUUGCGCAUCCUCAAUCAAUUGGAUGAAGAGGCAAAUCCUCGUUUGGCGGCCUAUGAUGAUUAUGAUGCUGAAGAAAUGAAGCAAUUGGCCCAGCAACAUGCCGAGGAGGCUUUUGUCAACGAUCAAAAUAAGGCCAAGAAAUUUGAUGUCAGUGUUAAAAAGGAGUCGGGUCAUAGUGAUUACAUUAAAGAGGAGGAUAAGCCCCAGUCGUUGUUGACAGAAAAAACGCAAGCCGAUUUGCCGCAACCUACCAUUUUCCGGGGCUCUUUGAAGGCUUACCAGAUUAAGGGUAUGACCUGGCUUGCGAACAUCUAUGACCAGGGCAUCAGUGGCAUUUUGGCCGAUGAAAUGGGUUUGGGUAAAACUGUACAAUCCAUUGCCUUUCUUUGUCACAUUGCCGAACACUAUGGUGUUUGGGGUCCAUUCCUGAUCAUAUCCCCCGCCUCGACGUUGCACAAUUGGCAGCAGGAAUUGGAACGUUUUGCCCCGGAUUUCAAUGUUGUACCCUAUUGGGGUUCACCCAAUGAACGUAAAAUCCUACGACAAUUUUGGGAACAGAAGGAUUUGCAUACCCGCGAUGCCAGCUUUCAUGUGGUCAUCACAUCUUAUCAGCUGAUUGUUUCCGAUUACAAAUAUUUCAAUCGCAUCAAAUGGCAAUAUAUGGUUCUGGAUGAGGCUCAAGCCAUUAAGAGUGCCUCAUCGAUGCGUUGGAAGCUUUUAUUGGGUUUCAAUUGUCGCAAUCGUCUACUGCUCAGUGGUACACCCAUACAAAAUAGUAUGGCCGAACUAUGGGCUCUACUGCAUUUUAUUAUGCCCACACUAUUCGAUUCGCAUGAUGAAUUCAAUGAAUGGUUCUCCAAGGAUAUUGAAUCACAUGCUGAAAACAAGACUGGUAUUGAUGAGAAACAAAUCUCACGUUUACAUAUGAUUCUAAAACCCUUCAUGUUGAGACGUAUCAAAAAGGAUGUGGAGAAUGAAUUAUCAGAUAAAAUAGAAAUUAUGGUCUAUUGUCCGCUGACCAUACGCCAGAAGCUUUUGUAUAUGGCAUUGAAACAGAAAAUCCGCAUUGAAGAUCUUUUGAAUUUGACACGUGGUGGAGGUGGUACCACCGGCGAUGGCAGUCAUCAUAUUGAUCGCAAUUUUACUUCGAAUUUAAUGAAUCUCGUAAUGCAAUUUCGUAAAGUUUGCAACCAUCCGGAGUUGUUUGAACGACGCGAUGCCAAGAGUCCAUUUGUUAUGAAAUGUCAGGAAUAUGUCAUACCACGUUUGGUCUUCGAUGAUGGGCUGCUUUAUCGAGCGCUGCCAAGUCAAAGGCAUUUACUAUACAAUCGUUUUUCCAUUUUCAAAGCUGAUUACUCACACCAUUCCCUGUUCCAAGAACCAAAGUCACCCGGAACUCAACGUAAACCCCAUGAGAAUUAUGCACGUUAUAUAGACUUAAAUGUUGCCAAUGAAGGCUGCUUUAGUUUCACUCGACUCUGUGAUAUAUCACCUAAAGAUUUGGAAGACACGACCAUAAAUGGUUUGAUAACAUUGCUACAACAUUAUCGCCGUAAAGUAUUAUUUCAACAAUUGCUGGCCUAUCGACGAGAAUGGUGGUCAGCAGAUUAUAAAGCAACACGGUUUCAGUUAUUGGAACCAACUCUGGAGAAUCCUUUAAAUAAAAACUAUCUCUGUGAAAAUAGUGUAUUGAGGCAGCUAAUAUUUACGGGAUUGACCUCCAAAGAAAGUUCCAUCUAUGCCUUUGGCGAUUACAAAACCAGCAACAUGCAAGAAACCAUUGAACAUCGUGUCAUACGUAGCAAAUACAAACAAAAUAUCGAAGAAGCUGAAAUUAAAAAUGAAAUGCUUGAUGAGGCUGAAUCGGAGUUGAUUAUGAACACUGCUGGUGGAUCAUCGAAUAAUACCAAGAAACUUUCCAAAGAACCUUUACGUUUACUGCCCGAAUUUGAACACAAAAGACGUUUACCUCAAUACUAUCAAUGUGAACCAUUGGAUAUGCCUCGUUUCCUAUAUGGGCUGAAUCAGAAAGUCAAUAGCUAUAAUCGUUAUUUGUAUUGUGAAAGCCGUGCAGCUGCCUGGUCUCACAUACGACACCUGCAUUGCGAAAAUCGUGACGGCUUAGAAGUUGUCAAUUCUGGAAUGGAAUUACUUACACCCAAAUUUGGUUGGUCUUCAAUCAUAAUACCCGAUAAGGAAACUCUAAUAUCAGAUGCUGGCAAAUUAUCAGUGUUGGAUAGUUUAUUGACCCGUCUCAAGGCUGAAGGUCAUCGUGUGUUGAUCUAUUCACAAAUGACCAAAAUGAUUGAUUUAUUGGAGGAAUACAUGUGGCAUCGUAAACAUCGUUACAUGCGUCUGGAUGGUUCCAGUAAAAUUUCGGCUCGCCGUGAUAUGGUAGCUGAUUUCCAAUCUCGUCAGGAUAUUUUCGUAUUUUUACUGUCCACAAGGGCAGGUGGUUUGGGUAUUAAUCUUACUGCAGCUGAUACGGUCAUCUUCUACGAUUCCGAUUGGAAUCCCACAGUGGAUCAACAGGCCAUGGAUCGUGCUCAUCGUUUGGGUCAAACUAAACAGGUCACUGUGUAUCGUUUGAUAUGCAAGGGUACCAUUGAAGAGCGUAUCUUGCAAAGAGCGCGGGAGAAGAGUGAGAUCCAACGCAUGGUUAUUAGUGGCGGCAAUUUCAAACCCGACACUCUGAAGCCGAAGGAAGUGGUAUCUUUACUCUUGGAUGAUGAGGAAAUUGAAGCGAAAUAUCGUCAAAAGAUUGAGGGACAACAGGAAUCGACUUCAGCCAGUAGUAGUGGUAGCGGAAACAAAGAAUCAACUGGAGAGAAAAGGAAACGUCAACAAAACAAGUCUUCUUCAGCAGCAACUAAUUCUGGUGGCACAACCACACCGGUUGCCACUCCCAGUGGCAACACCAUAACCGGCGGUAGCAACACCAACAGCAAUGAUGAUUUAUGGCGAAGUUCACCCUCAGCAAAACGUCUCAAGUUGGAUGUGUCAGCCACAGCGGGGGUCACUACUUCGGCAUUGGAUGAUGAUUCCAUAGAUGUGGCAGCCUCAGAGACAUCGAGCACGUCUCAGGUUGCAGGAACUAGCAAUAGUGAGACAUAUGUCCCGGGAGCCACGGCUAUUAUAAACAAUGAAGAUUCGGAAAAUGAGGCUUUAAUUGUUGACUGUGAAAGCCCACGGCCCCAUGGAGGAGCGGGAGGUGCAGCUGGCGGGGAAUCACCGACGCUAUUCGAUGACUUUGGUGGUCUUGGUCCAAUUCGUCGCCGUCAUCAUCCGCGUGGCACAAAACGUGGUCGACCACGAGGCAGCACUCGACGUGGCGGAGGAAAUGGUACAGCAUUGACAAGGCCCGCAUCAGCGACUGGAUUAAAUGCAGAGGAUGCAACUGGAGCAGAACCUAAUGUCACCAAUACCGGUGAGGGUUUGUUUACACCCACUGCUGUGCCGACACCUGUAAAACGUGGCCCCGGCCGACCACGCAUUAAAACUGGCGGUCCCGUGAAUCAGGGGUCCCGUGGUGCACCCCGUACCCGAAAACCAAUUGGCCCCUUAGUUGUACCCCUCGGCAGCAGUCCAGCGGCCACACCUAUUAAUCGCAGCCCAGCCAUGAGUCCAGCUCCAUCACCGGCCCAUUCGGAAAAGGGUACCAGCUCUACAUCCUAUCAUCCGGCAAGUGGGGAGAGUGCAGAUUAAGGAAGCUGGAGAACAAAUAAAGAGAUGAAAAGAGAAAGAGAGAGUGAGAGAGAGAGAGAGAGAGGGAGAAAAUACCUUUUUGUAUUUUAGUUCCCUUGUAGGUUAAGGCAAAUUUAUUUCGAUUAAGGAUAUCCUCGUUUUAGGAUAA